AUGUAUAAAAUGGAAUAUUCUUACCUCAAUUCCUCUGCCUACGAGUCCUGUAUGGCCGGGAUGGACACCUCGAGCCUGGCUUCAGCCUAUGCUGACUUCAGUUCCUGCAGCCAGGCCAGUGGCUUCCAGUAUAACCCGAUAAGGACCACUUUUGGGGCCACGUCCGGCUGCCCGUCCCUCACGCCAGGAUCCUGCAGCCUCGGCACCCUCAGGGACCACCAGAGCAGUCCGUACGCCGCAGUUCCUUACAAGCUCUUCACGGAUCACGGCGGCCUCAACGAGAAGCGCAAGCAGCGGCGCAUCCGCACCACUUUCACUAGUGCGCAGCUGAAAGAGCUGGAGAGGGUCUUCGCGGAGACGCACUACCCCGACAUCUACACCCGGGAGGAGCUGGCCCUGAAGAUCGACCUCACCGAGGCGCGAGUCCAGGUGUGGUUCCAGAACCGCCGCGCCAAGUUCCGCAAGCAGGAGCGCGCGGCCGCGGCUGCAGCGGCCGCGGCCAAGAACGGCUCUUCGGGCAAGAAGUCCGACUCCUCCCGGGACGACGAGAGCAAAGAGGCCAAGAGCACCGAUCCGGACAGCACUGGGGGCCCGGGCCCCAACCCCAACCCCACUCCCAGCUGCGGGGCGACUGGUGGCGGCGGCGGCGGCGGGCCCAGCCCCGCAGGAGCCCCGGGGGCGGCGGGGCCGGGGGGGCCGGGAGGCGAACCCGGCAAGAGCGGCGCUGCGGCGGCGGCGGCGGCGGCUGCAGCGGCGGCAGCGGCGGCGGCGGCGGCGGCGGCCGGAGGCCUGGCUGCGGCCGGGGGCCCUGGACAAGGCUGGGCUCCCGGUCCCGGGCCCAUCACCUCCAUUCCGGAUUCGCUCGGGGGCCCGUUCGCCAGCGUCCUAUCUUCGCUCCAAAGACCCAACGGUGCCAAAGCCGCCUUAGUGAAGAGCAGUAUGUUCUGA